CGACGCGAGACGCUGAGCCCGGGGCCGGGGCUUGCGGAGCGCAGAGACCUGAGCCCACAUGGCGCAGAAACCUCUCAGUACCGCUGCAGCCGAGCGCUUCAACCUCGUGGCGCAGGAUGAGAUCUGGAAAUACCGUCUGAAGGCUGAAAACGAAGCACGGCACAACUGGGCCCCGAACUGGGGAUUUUUAACAACCCCUGUCGAGGAGCUGCUCAAGGGCGAAGGAGAACCCCCCACCUCGAAGCCCCGAAUCGAGCUUCCUGAGCGUUUCCGCAUCCAGCCAGUGACCCCAGUGGAGAACUACAUCAAGAUCCUUCCGUCCCCUCCAGUCCCGAAGACGACACAGGGCUUCAUCGGCUGGAGAUUGGGGGUGCCGGGCCUGAACAGGUGUCUGGAGCAUGAUUCCGAGAUCAGAAGCUGCAAAGGGGCAUAUGCCAAGGAGCUGAGCUGGCCAAAGCAAGGCAUCCACUGAGCCCAGAGGCCGGCGCCGGACAGCCGAUGUCCAAGCCAGAGAAUCAAGGGGCCCCUGGGGACCCUCCGCUGAUACAGUCCUCCCCCAUGUUUGCUCAGGGGAUGUUGCCAAGAACACAAAACAGCCCCUUGACACUUUCCAUUCAUCAACACCUCCCUUCCAGAACAUUCUCAUAACACACUCGUUCUUGGCUAAUGAAUGUAAUGAACAAGGCAAAAUAGAUUCUCUGAAUUUUUCUUUGCUACCUUGGGAAUGUCUAAGUGUGGCUUUAAAAAAAGAAAAAUGUGAUUAAUUUUAAGAAUAAAAUUUUGUCUAGGCCCUUUAUUGUCACUUUGA